CUAUUUUCCCCUCUCCCUCGCUUUUUUUUUUCAACCUCCAACAAUGAGUCGCUGAAGAGGAGAGGAGGCGGUAAGAGGAGGAUAUGUUUUCCGUUUCACUCAAGUGCCGACUGGGGGUCAUCAGACGCAGGAUCAAGGAUGAUGGGCUGUACUCUAAAGGAAACAAGGACUCAACGGGGCCUGACAACUCGCUCACGUCCAGACGACAAAGCAUCCCAGAGCUGCGUGGUGUUACACUGGUUGAGCUGAUUAAAAAAGAGGGCAGCACUUUGGGUCUCACCAUCUCAGGCGGGACCGACAAGGACGGUAAACCCCGUGUUUCCAAUCUACGGCCGGGUGGACUUGCUGCUAGGAGUGAUCAACUCAAUGUGGGCGACUACAUCAAGUCAGUCAAUGGCAUCAACCUAACCAAACUGCGUCAUGAUGAGAUUAUCAGUCUGUUAAAGAACGUAGGAGAGCGUGUCGUGCUGGAAGUGGAGUAUGAACUGCCUUCAGCUGCUCCAGACAGUACCUCAGGUGUUAUUUCCAAGACAAUCGACAUCUGUUUGCAGAAAGAAGGCAACAGCUUUGGAUUUGUAAUGCGAGGUGGCUCCCAUGAGGACUGGCACAAAACUAGACCUUUAGUGGUUACACAUGUACGACCAGGUGGCCCUGCUGACAGAGAAGGGACGUUAAAAGCAGCCGAUCGGAUCCUAAGUGUGGAUGGUGUGCCAUUACACAGUGCCAGUCACAGCGAUGCCCUGACUGUACUGACCCAGUGUGGCCAAGAAGCCCUGUUCCAGAUCGAGUACGAUGUCUCCAUCAUGGACUCCGUGACAAACGCUUCAGGUCCACUGCUGGUUGAGAUUGCCAAGGCGCCAGGAGCAAGUCUGGGAAUUUCUCUGACCACUGCCAUGCACAGGAACAAGCAAGCUAUCGUCAUUGACAAGAUCAAACCUGGCAGCGUGGUGGACAGGUCAGGAGCAUUACACGUGGGUGAUCAUAUCUUGUCUAUAGAUGGUACAAGCACAGAGCAUUGUUCAGUUCUGGAGGCAACACAGCUAGUGGCCAGCACCUCUGAUCAGACCAAACUAGAGAUCCUGCCAGCACACCAAACACGACUACCCUGGAAACCCCAGGACACUGUGAAAGUCCAGAAAAGUGACCACCCCCACUGCUGGGACCCCUGUGUGAAUUACUGCCAUACUCAACAUCCUGCUCACUGUAAAACAGCAACAUGGACAUCUGCUUCCAGUAACCCUUCUAUUUCUCAGGAUUACUGCAAAUUGGUAGUCUGCACUAACUUCUCCCCUGGCUCCACCACUACAUCAGGCGUAACCAGCCAGGGUUCCAGCACGCUGCCCCGAGCCGCCCCUCCCAUGAGCCCCCGCAACUCCAUGCUGAAGAGAAGACAGAGGAAAAAAGAGCACAAGAGCUCCUCGGUAUCUUUAGCCUCAAGUUCUGUGGGCCCUGGUGGUCAGAUAGUCCACACAGAGUCCAGUGAGGUGACUCUGAAAGGAGACCCUCUAAAUGGGUUUGGGGUUCAGCUACAAGGUGGAAUAUUUGCAACGGAAACCCUCUCUGCCCCCCCUCUGAUCCGCUUCAUAGAGCCGGACAGUUCGGCCGAAAGGUGUGGGCUGAUUCAAGUUGGAGAUAGAGUGCUAUCCAUCAAUGGAAUUCCUACAGAAGAUGGAACGCUGGAAGAGGCCAGUCAGCUGCUCCGAGACGCUGCUUUGGCAAAUAAGGUCACACUUGAGAUUGAGUUUGAUGUUGCAGAAUCAGUUGUGCCUAGCAGUGGAACAUUCCAUGUGAAACUGCAGAAGAAGAGAGGAGUAGAACUGGGCAUCAUUAUCAGUGCCAGUAAAAAAACAGGAGAAGCUCUUAUCAUUUCUGACAUUAAAAAAGGCAGCAUGGCUCACAGAACAGGAACUCUGGAGCCCGGAGACAAGCUGCUGGCCAUAGAUAACAUCCGCCUGGAGAACUGCUCCAUGGAGGACGCUGUCCAGAUUCUCCAGCAGAGUGAAGACCUGGUCAAACUCAAGAUCCGCAAGGACGAGGACAACUCAGAUGAGCAGGAGGCAUCUGGCUCCAUUAUCUACACUGUGGAGCUGAAGCGGUAUGGCGGCCCGCUGGGCAUUACUAUCUCCGGCACAGAGGAGCCCUUUGACCCCAUCAUCAUCUCAGGCCUGACCAAGAGGGGUCUCGCUGAGAGGACUGGAGCCAUUCACGUUGGAGAUCGAAUUCUGGCCAUCAACAACGUCAGCCUAAAGGGAAAACCGCUCAGUGAAGCCAUACACCUGCUACAGAUGGCAGGAGAGACCGUCACCCUCAAAAUCAAGAAACAGUCAGACACACAAGAUGAUCAAAAGAAAGACUAUGAUCUUGAUAACGAGCUCAGCGAUAACGAGGACGAGAUGACAGACUCGCAGAAGACCAAUAAACUGUCAGAGAUUUAUUCCACCACCAUUCCCAGUGUGGACUCGGCGAUGGAGUCAUGGGAUGGCUCGGGAAUCGAUGCUGGUUAUAGCAAUCAAGGUGCCUACAUCCAUCAGGCUGCUGGAAUAGCAUUACACCCUCACGAGUGGCGUAGCACCAAACAGAGAAACAGCACCCCUCCUCCCACCCGCAAAAACUACCCCUUCAGUGAUGGAGGCUUCAGCGAAGAUGAUUGGGACAAGGCUACUGGAUACGCCAGCCAGACUCAUACCGAUGGACUGAUAAUGGAGCAGGAAGAUAGUUUCUGGUGCCAGGCCCUGGAAGACCUGGAAACAUGUGGGCAAUCCGAGCUUCUGCGUGAGAUUGAGGCAUCAAUAAUGACCGGCAGUGCCCUGAGUUUGGGUGUGGAGAGUGGAAAGUCCCACAACGAAACGGUCAGCCAACCCCACCUUAGCCCUCUGCGGAAGAACCCACAUCUUCACAAUGACACCAAGAAUAAGAGCACUCUCCGCAUGUCUGAGAAGACCUGGGAAUCACGGAGGAUCAAAGAAGAGAUUCAGGAUAUUCUGUCACCCACACCAUUAGAGCUUCACAAGGUGACUGUGAUGAAAGACCCAGAGUGCGAUGACUUUGGAUUUAGCGUGUCUGACGGUUUCUUGGAAAAGGGUGUUUAUGUGAACAUGAUCAGACCUGAGGGCCCAGCGGACCGCGCCGGACUCAAACCCUACGAUAGGAUCCUCCAGGUGAACCAUGUGCGGACACGUGAUUUCGACUGCUGUUUGGCUGUGCCUCUCAUCACAGAAGCUGGAGACAAACUUGAGUUGGUGAUUAGCCGAAACCCGUUAGCACAGCCGGGUGUCGCCCAGCCCCAUGACUGCCAUCCCCACUUCACAUCUGUAGGCCAUUACCGUGAGCACCAGGCCAGCACACUGGACCUGUGACCAUUAAGAAACUUGGACUGUGACCACACUGGACUAUUUGUUGCAAUGGACUAUCAUGAGCCACAAUUCCCUGUUUUCAUUACAAAAUUCAAAUGAACUAAAAUGUAAUAUAACCUUAAAAGGUUAUAAAGAGGGAUCUUGGAAACGCUAUAGAGUGCAACAAAAGAGCGACAUUUCAGUACAGUACUGGAAAGGAUCUGAGCCAGUUUUUAUAAAUAUAAAAUGACAAAAAAA